AUGUCCGGUGAGAAUUUGUUACCAUUUUUUCAUGGUGCUUUAUUGGAUGAUGAUGUCGAUAAACUGCUGGAAUCAAAUGGUGAUUUUUUAUUACAAACAAAAUUUGAACAAAGUAAAAAGAAAAGCAAAUUGGUAUUAGCCGUUAAAUAUGGAAAUCGAACGAUAAGAAUACCAAUUACACGACUUGAAAAAGGAUAUCGCAUAUUUGGACGUUCAUUCCCAACAAUGAAUACAUUAAUAAAACAUUAUCAAGAGCAUAACAUCGAAAUAUAUGGGAUUGAUUCGUUGUUUUUGAAGAGACCAAUAAAGAAGGGAAGAUUUGAACUGAAUCAUUCCGAUAUUAAAAUUAUGAAAAAGAUUGGUUAUGGAGCAUAUGGUACGGUGUAUAAAGGUGUAUUACUAAAAAAUCUUUGUCCGGUAGCAAUCAAACGAAUCGAUUGUGCAGACAAAUCUGAACAGGCCUUAAUUGAUCUAAUGAAAGAGGCACGCGUGAUGCAAUUAUAUGAUCACAUUAAUGUUGUUAAAUUUUAUGGUUUCAUCGUUGACAGGGAACCAUUUUUACUCGUUAUGGAAUAUUGCAAGGAUGGAUCAGUGGAAGAUAAAUUGAGACAAUAUGGUCAUCGACUAAGUAUUGAGUCACGUAUCGAUAUAUCAUGUCAAAUUGCGCGUGGUCUUGAAUAUCUUCAUUUGAAAGGUUGUAUUCAUCGAGAUAUUGCUACACGUAAUUGUCUUCUUAAUGGUGCGGUUGUCAAAUUAGCCGAUUUUGGGAUGUGUCGAGCAACGCUUGUUUAUAAAAUUGACCUUUCGAAACCACAGAACGUUCGCUGGCUUGCACCUGAGGUAUGGCGUUCUGGUGAAACGCGAUUCUGCACAGAUAUUUAUGCAUUUGCGAUAACACUUUGGGAAUUGUUUACGAUACCGUAUACUCAUCCUUAUAGUACAUGGAAAGCGUAUAAAGUUAAGGAAAAGGUAAUGGCUGGUUAUCGUUUACCAAGUCCAGAUGAUAUGCCCGAAUCGAUGAUAACAAUGAUGCGACGAUGUUGGGAUCACGAUCCUUCAAAACGACCUACAGCUAAGCAAGCACGAGAAUAUUUGGAGGAUAUUUAUCGAACUUUCGCUGCUGAAAAAUCAUCUGGCAGUAGUGCACAUACAGCAGUGCUAAAUUCGCAGAGUAACAAGUUAUCCUUAUCAAGUGAAGAAAUUUCGCCAAAAUCAUUCGGUGAAACAUCUCAAUCACGUGCAGGGGUCAGAAAGCAUAGUUCCUCAGGCUCCGAUAGCCAAAAAUCAUCUAAAAGUAGAACCUACCGAAAAGGUUCUAGCUAA